AUGUCGUGGAUUGGCCGAGGAGGUCCUCCCGAACUUGCCCACUAUGCACCUCCUGAACGGCCCAUUAGAAAAUCCACGACCUUCUCUCCCUGCCUCGACCAAAACAGAAAACACGACCGUGACUGGCCUUCCUCCUGCCGCCGCGGCCAGCCUACAACCCGCCGCCGCCACGCCCAGCCUCCACCCGCCGCCGCGUCCUGCCUCCACCCACCGCCGCGCCCUGCCUCCCCCCUGCCGCCGCCGCUCCCUGCCUCCACCUGCACCUUCAACCUCUUCCCCCGACUCCCCCGCAACCUUCCACAUUCGGCAGGAGCUCCGGUCGCCGCGCUGCCCCCGCCCCAAGAACCGGCAGCCGCGCCGCCCCCGCCUAGGGAUCUUGCUGCCGCACCGCACCCACCCAGGGAUCCAUGGUGGGCUGCUGGAUCUCGUCCCAUCCUCUCCGUGGAGCCCUGCUGGAGGCCCUCCUCCUCGACAGGAUGUCGUCCACCUAGGGCCAGUGGGAGCAAGCCGACGUGGCUCUCCGAUGCUCCGGUGAGCAACUUGAGACUCCCAAGCUCUGCAGAUGUCUCUUGGAUGUGGCGUUCUUCUAUGUGUAGCUGAUGGGAACUCUCUGCUACUGGAACAAUGAAAUUAACCACGCAGCUAGAUCCCAACCUUUUUCUCAUCCCAUGCGCGUGAGUACAUCUGAUCGAAGUUUGCCUUGUUGUUUCUCUGAGACGUUCAAGUAUAAUUGUUUAAAAGGUUCAGUUAUGACCGCAACUAUGGGUUCAGAUAUACUCAACGACUAGGCUACCGCUACCUAUAGCAGAACCUUGACUUGUUGCACAUGGGCUGCACUUCAUGUUCACUUCAAAGACAGGAUACCAUAUGUGCAGUGCCUCAUGUGUGUAUCAGCUAGCUAAUGUUUCUGCAAAAAAUAGUUUUUGUAUAUAGCUUGCAUGUACAAACAUAGAUUUAACCCAUUUUGGCACUACAAAUACAUAGUUUUGGUAGUUCUACUUGUACAUAGUUCAUAAAAU